AUGCGUGUAUACGUCGAGAAGUCGCGUUCAACGGUCGGAUGGAAGGGUCUUGCCCAUGAUCCAGAUCUUGACGGUUCUGCGCGGCUCAAGGAGGACCUACUGCAAUCUCGACAACUAUACGCAGACAUGACUGAGCAAGGGCUGCCAACAGCAAGCGAAUUGCUAGAUAUGGUGACUCCUGCUUCUCUCGUGGACUUCAUUUCCGUUGGCGUGAUCGGUGCUCGCACGACGGAGUCUCAACCGCACCGUGAGCUGGCAUCCAUAAUACCAUUUCCAAUAGGCUUCAAAGACAGUACCGACGGAAGCGUUGCUGCUUUGAGGCGUGGAGUCAGUAUCACGGAUGGGUGUCUAGGGUGGGCCGACACGGUUGCCUGUUUGGAAAGUCUGGCUGAUACUGUGCUGUUUCGUCGAAAAUUGAAGAUAUGCUGCUGA